UCUGAUCACCAGAAACCGCCUUACUUGCACCUUUAAUACAGAGCCGGUCUCCGCCCAUCGCUCCGGGUUCAGAACCCCUUAGUCCCUCAGCUGUCUCAAGAACAAAGAGAACCAGAAAGAGAACAGAGACUGAAGGUCGGCUGUAAGAACUGAGUGCGAACAGACUCACUGUGGAGCAGGAAGAGACCCGAGAGAGGAGGAGGUCCCGCUGAUCUGAAGACCUGAUGGUGUUAAACCGGUGAAGCGCUGCAGCUGGGGGCGCUCCAGCCAGUCUAAGCGGAUCAUGAAGUGGAUCAUGAACCGGAUCAACAACAUGCACCAGAUCAUCAACACUGGAGCUCCGGUUCUCCGCCGACAUGUCCCCCUGCUCUCUGCCCGCUCACAGAGCUCUCCUCUCGGCCGUGUGUCUGCUGCUGCCCCCCCUCUCCCUCUCCCUCCCGGAGGUCCCUCACAUCGCCCUGUUCUUCGGCACCAAGACCCGGUAUGAGGAGGUGAACCGGGCUCUGCUGCUGGACCCGCUGUGGGUGAACCGGUCCGUGCUGAGACCCCCUCCCGGAGAGAGCUGCUCCCCGGUGCACCUCACCGCCCUGAUCCGCCACGGGAGCCGGUUCCCCACCGCGAAGAACAUCCAGAGGAUCCGGAGGCUCAGCGAGCUGGUGGCGAUCGCAGGGGGGGAAGCGACCGGAUGGGGGGCCGCAGGGGGGGUAGCCACCGGAGUAGGGAGCGGAGAGGGGGCCGCAGGGGGGGGAGCGACCGGAGGAACGACCGGAGGGGCGACCGGGGACUGGCUGCGGGAGAUCCGGAGCUGGGAGAACUGGUACACAGAGGACAUGGACGGUGAGACCCGGAGCAGGGGGGCAGAGAGGGACUAA